UGGCAACUGGUUCCAAUACUUGUUGUAACAAACAAAGAAAACACUGAUUAAUUUGAAAAUCGUUGAAUAUGAUCUUUUCUGUUUCUUUCUCUUUUCUUGUAAAUAAUUUAUCACUCUAGUUCCAGUCAUUAAACCAAAAAUAGGUCAUGGAUUUUUAUUAUCCUUACUUUCUUAUACUUGCUGUUAUAUAAAAGUGAAUUAUACGCCUCCUUUCUAUUUUCCUCGAUUUAUAUUUAUUUUCAACUUUUUUUUCAAUGUACAAACGAUUACUGCUAUUUCUCUCUUUUCCAUACCUUAUUUGUGCAAUAACUGGCGGCAAUACAGUACAAUCCUCUACUCAAUAUCCGUUCGCUGUUACAUUCACCAACCCUACACUUUGCGGAGGUAGUAUUAUUUCCUUGGAUCCGCCAUGGGUUUUGACAGCAGCACAUUGCGUACCAAAGGAUGAUACAAACAGUAAAGAAACAGUUUCCUUUGGUAGCCAUGAAUUUGAUUCUUACACUUCCAAUGGUAUCAAAAAAGUGAUUCAGCAUCCAUUAUAUAUAUCAGCGGAUGUACAAUCGAAAACCGGAGUAUUUAAAGUUGACGAGUUGAACUCAGUACCUUAUGAUAUUGCACUCGUAGAAUUAAAAGACCCGUUUAUGCCAAGUGCCUAUGUGAAUCGAAUUCGACUUCUGGUAGAAAAUGAGGACGUGCAUCUGGAAGGUAUACUCGAGACGACUGGCAUGGGAUAUACUGGACUUGGGGAAACGCAUGCAAAAUUAUUGCAGUAUGCGCAAUGCAAUUCAUCUAAUGUCAUUGCAUUGACUGAUGAUAACUUCAACAAUAGUGUAACAUUGGUUACGUCGACUGCAGGAUUAUGCCAUGGGGACUCAGGCAGUCCACUUAUUUACAAGCCUGACGCCACAAGCCCGGAAUACUAUUUGAAGGGAAUAUUAAAUCGAAUUCAGAAUGCUUUUGAUCCUGAACCCGAAAAUAAGUCUUGUCCGGUUCACACCGAUAGAACCAGUACAUUUGUAAAUAUAUUUGUGAGGCCAAGUAAGCAUAUUGACUGGAUUAUGGGAGUGACAGGACUUUCGUGGGAAGAAUUAACGGAUACGGCAACAAACUCCCAAAACCGAAAUACUCUUUCUAAAUCGUCUGUAAGUUCGAGCGCACAGGGUACCUAUUUUAACAAUGGAAUAAUAUCGAUCUUUUUCCUGUCGUUAUCUAUACUUCUUAUUAUGUAAAAAUACUUUGUUUGUGAUUAUAAUUUUUCUUAUCGGGCUAUAAAAGGAAGAAAAGUCUUUUUGUAAAAAAUUACCUAGUUUACGUAACGUUUUUAAUGAUAAUA